AUGGCCCCUCCAUCGCCGACCGAAGGCCGAGAUUCGCCCGCCUCGUCUGCCGGCGAAAAGAAACGCAAACACAGCGACGGUUCCAGCAGCAAGAAGCGCGCAUACAGCGAGAGCACAGGGCUGGCCAACGGAGCCAAGAGCCACGUCGUGCGACGCUCUAGCAUAAGCAAGCCUGGGCGGGAUCAGCGUGACGAGCCCGUGUUCAAGCACAAGAAGCGGAAGAGGCGUGACGACCGAGAGAAAGAUCGCGACUCUAGCAAUGCCACGACGUCCGUAUCAAGGCAGGACAGCCCUGCCAUCGACUUCGAUGGCCUCAGCCGACCCAGCGUGGGCACGCGCCAGCGGUUGGAAGAAACCGAGGAAGAAAAGGCGGCCCGGCUCGACCGCAUGAAGGGCGCUGUCAAGACUCUCCUCGAGUGCGUUGGAGAAGACCCGGAUCGCGAGGGCCUCUUGGCCACGCCCGAGCGAUACGCCAAAGCCAUGAUGUUCUUCACGCAAGGCUACGAGCAAAACGUCUUUGACAUUGUCAACGGCGCAAUCUUCCAGGAAGGCCACUCGGAGAUGGUGGUGGUCAAGAACAUAGACGUCUUCUCGCUUUGCGAACACCACCUGGUGCCCUUUACCGGCAAGGUCCAUAUCGGCUACAUCCCCAACAACGCCGUCAUUGGCAUCUCCAAGCUGCCUCGCAUUGCCGACAUGUUUUCCCGCCGGCUGCAGAUCCAAGAACGCCUCACCAAAGACAUUGCCAAUGCCAUCUUCGACGUCCUCCGGCCCCAGGGCGUGGCCGUCGUCAUAGAGUCCAGCCAUCUGUGCAUGGUCAUGCGCGGAGUGCAGAAGACGAACAGCACCACCAUCACGAGUUGCAUGCUUGGCUGCUUCGAGCGGAGGGAGAAGACGCGAAACGAAUUUCUUAGCUUAAUCAAUGUUAACCGCCAUUGA